AUGGAUAUGGCCGAAGUUCCGUUGACGGCGCCUCCGUCAAAGCAGCAGCCUGAAGUGGUAGAACUGGUAGAUAUCCCGGCUCCAGAAACGCUAGCUCAGCUGGAGCAGCUUCUCAAUAGGUACCGGGCCAUUUUCGAGGACUCAGACACGAAUCGCGCUGAAAUCAACUCUCUGGAACGCGUGUUCAGCUCCGUUUCAAAACAGCAAGACCAGUACAUUACGAAACUACAAGAACUAAGGCACGCUAUGGAGAAAGAAGCCGCCUAUGAUGAGCAAGUUUUUCAAAAUCAGCUCAUCGCGCUGCAGCUCCUGAGCAAGGACAUGGAUGUCCCAAGUGGUUUACUUGAAAGUCCCAAAACAUCGCCAACCGACAGUGUACAACACACAACUAGCACGAUAUCCCAAUGUCUUCAGCCGCUGAAGGUUUCCUUGAAUUUUGACGAAAAUGCCAAGAGUUUUGGACUGCGCGACAAGUUCUUCAAUUUUGGCGUUGCUAGAGGAAAAAAAAGUCUUGGCGUGCCUGUAGUUGAAGCUACAAUCGUUUCCCGGAUUGCUGAACGAAUUAGCGAUUUAGAAAGGCUGCCUGCAAGCCUUGGUACUUAUUCCCUUUUAGACAGCUUGCAGUUCACGGCUAAGGAUGACGUUCCUUCUAGCGUCGACGACCUUAAAUUGAGAGCGCUCGUUGAAUUGAAGGCUCUCAAAAUGUUGACAAAGCAAAAGUCUUUGAGACAGAAGCUUAUUAUGAACGUCACCAGCCAAGCCCACCACACCAUCCCAUGUCUCCGAGACUCUCCCUUCACUAUGGCUGCCCAAAGAUCGGUGCAGGUUAGAAACAAAGUAAUUGUUCCUCAAACCGCAAGAUUAGCGGAGGAACUAGAGAGGCAACAACUUCUGGAGAAGCGUAGAAAGGAGCGUAAUCUUCAUAUGCAUAAAGUCAAUAAGAUUAUUGAGCACGUCCACGAGCAACAGGUCACACAAUCCACACAAAGAGAACGUAGUGCCCAGUUUGGUAGAUUGUGCGCAUCUCUGCAUAAUCAAACUGAGAAAGAUGAACAAAAGCGAGUAGAGAGAACUGCCAAGCAGCGUUUGCAGGCCUUGAAGUCCAACGAUGAAGAAGCGUACCUCAAAUUGCUCGACCAAACAAAAGAUACAAGAAUCACACAUUUGCUUAGACAAACUAACACAUUUUUGGACUCCUUGGCUCAGGCAGUUAAGGUUCAGCAGAAUGAAGCCAAGAUGAAGCGUGGAGAAGAAGCUAUGCCAAUGACUGAUGAGGAAAGAGAAAACAUUGACUACUAUGAAGUUGCUCACUCUGUCAAGGAAAAAGUUGAAAAGCAGCCUUCAAUGUUGAUUGGUGGCACUCUUAAAGAGUAUCAAAUUAAGGGUUUAGAAUGGAUGGUCUCGCUUUACAAUAAUCACUUGAAUGGUAUCUUGGCAGAUGAAAUGGGUCUUGGUAAAACCAUUCAAUCGAUUUCUCUGAUCACUUACCUGCGUGAAACCAAAAAUGAACCAGGUCCAUUUUUGGUCAUUGUUCCAUUAUCGACUAUCACUAAUUGGACGUUGGAAUUUGAGAAAUGGGCUCCAACUCUUUCGACCAUCAUCUACAAGGGGACACCAAAUCAAAGAAAAUCCAUGCAGCAUCAAAUUAGAUUUGGCAACUUUGAAGUUCUACUUACGACCUACGAAUAUAUUAUCAAAGAUCGGUCCCUACUGGCAAAACACGACUGGUCCCACAUGAUCAUAGAUGAAGGGCAUAGAAUGAAGAAUGCGCAGUCCAAACUUUCUUUUACAUUGACGAGAUACUACAAAACGAGGAACCGCUUGAUUUUAACAGGUACUCCACUGCAGAAUAAUCUGCCAGAGCUUUGGGCUUUGCUAAAUUUUGUACUACCCAAAAUUUUCAACUCCGCUAAAACUUUUGAUGAAUGGUUUAAUACACCGUUCGCCAAUACGGGUGGCCAAGAGAAGUUGGAGCUAACUGAAGAAGAGACUCUACUGGUGAUCAGAAGACUGCACAAAGUUUUAAGACCAUUCUUGUUACGUCGUUUGAAGAAGGAAGUGGAAAAGGAUCUACCUGACAAGGUAGAAAAAGUCAUCAAAUGUAAACUUUCUGGCUUACAACAACAGCUCUACGAGCAAAUGCUUAAACACAAUGCCUUGUUUGUCGGAGCUGGUACGGAAGGUGCCACUAAAGGUGGUAUCAAAGGGCUAAACAACAAGAUUAUGCAGCUCAGAAAGAUUUGCAACCAUCCUUUUGUGUUUGAUGAAGUAGAAGGUAUCAUCAAUCCAACAAGGAGCAACAGUCCAUUACUUUAUCGUGUCGCUGGUAAGUUUGAGUUACUGGAUCGCAUUUUGCCUAAGUUCAAAGCUACUGGCCACAGAAUUUUGAUGUUUUUUCAAAUGACACAAGUAAUGGAUAUUAUGGAAGAUUUUCUGCGAAUGAGGGACUUCAAGUACUUAAGAUUAGAUGGUGCCACCAAGACAGAAGAUCGUACUGGUAUGCUAAAAGACUUUAACGCACCCGACUCCGAGUACUUCUGCUUUUUACUGUCUACUAGAGCUGGUGGUCUGGGGCUGAAUUUGCAAACGGCUGAUACUGUUAUUAUCUUCGAUACAGAUUGGAACCCACAUCAGGAUUUACAAGCUCAAGACAGAGCUCACAGAAUUGGUCAGAAGAAUGAAGUUCGGAUCUUGAGACUAAUCACUACCGACUCAGUAGAGGAGGUCAUUCUAGAAAGAGCGUUGAAGAAGUUGGACAUUGAUGGAAAAGUUAUUCAAGCUGGUAAGUUUGACAAUAAGUCGACAGCAGAAGAACAAGAGGCAUUUUUGCGAAGACUACUUGAAAAUGAAACCGUAAAAGAUGAAAACGAAAAGGCCGAGUUGGAUGACGAAGAACUCAACGAAAUAUUGGCUCGUGGUGAAAAGGAAAGAGAGCUUUUCGACCAAAUGGACAUAGAACGCGCUGCUAUAGAGCUUAAGUUGGCGAAAGCGCAAGGCUUAUCAGCACCUCUACCAAGACUGAUUGAAACGAAUGAGCUACCGGACGUCUUGACAGAAGACAUCAACGAUCAUUUGAACAUUGAACCUGCCGCGGUAGGAAGGAUCAGAGAGAGGAAGAAAGUGUAUUACGAUGACGGGUUGACCGAGGAGCAAUGGCUGCAAGCUGUCGACGAUGAUGAUGAUUCCCUGGAAGAAGUCAUUUCCAGAAAGCGUCAAACAAGAGAGCGUAGACAAAUCAACAAACUCGCGAAAGACUCUGAAAUUGAUGAAAUCGAUACCCUUGAAAAUAGUCUAGAACCCACGCCAGAAACGGACGGUGCGAAAAUCAUCGAAGAGGCCGAGAAACGGCCAAGACCGAAAAGAAAAGCCGCAGAGGAUGAAUAUUUACAGGAAGAGGAGCCCUUAGAUGAGAUAGAAAACUUGGGACUACCGGAUGGCCAGGUGGAACCGGCCCCUAAAAAGCAAAAACUCAAGGUCAAACUUUCGCUGAAGAAGAAGGAGCAGCUGCCGCCAGAUGUUUCAGAUAAGUCUGGGGAGCCUGAUGAUGUCGCAGAUGGCAAGAAAGACCAGAAGUCUUCUGCUGUUCCUCGGCCCAAAAGUAAGCCAUCGAAGAAGCCUGUGGCAUGCGAAUUCACGCCCCGUGUUGAGCAGCUGUUUGAAAAAAUGCGGGGCAUGCUUGACCCUCAGGACGAACAUCCACGCACAUCUGUUUUUGAGACCCUGCCAUCCAAGAAACUAUAUCCCGACUACUAUGCGCUGAUAAAAACGCCGGUAGCACUUGAUUCUAUCCUAAAGAAAUGCAAAAGGGGUCAAUACGAGUCAAUGAGCGAUGUUCACACGGAUCUUAACGUGAUGUUUGACAAUGCCCAAUUUUACAAUGAAGAAGGGUCCUGGAUAUUCAAUGACGCCGGGGAGCUCCGCACUUUUGUUAGCAAUUGGUUUGCAGCAAGUAAUACGUAG